AACAGCUGAUUGAAUUUCAUGACUAAAAACGAAUUAAAAAGUGCGUGCAAAACAAAGCAAAGCAAACAGCAGCAUUCUUGCGAUUUGGAUUUCGUGUGGGGCGUGGCAAGGAGAACUCCACCGUAGGGCAGCAACAACAACGCACAAGAGGAGCAACAACUGAGACAAUGAACAGCAACGUGAAUCAGGGUGGCUACGUGCCGCCAGGUUUCGGCGCUGGAUACCAGCCAAAUGCGCCGCCAGCCGAGGGCUACGGCUAUCCGCCGCCAGCAGCACCACAGAAUAAUCCGUAUGCUCCAUCGCCGCAUCACCAGCAGCCGGGACAGCCGCCAAUGAAUUAUGGUUUUGUGCCGGGUCAGCAACCACAGGGUUACGCACCAGUGCCACAGAUGCCGCCGUACGGAGAAGCGCCACCUUAUGGCGCAGGACAGCCACCGUAUGUGGGCGGAGGAGGAGGAGGAGGAGGUCCGCCACCGUUGCAGCAAUCCUUUGGCUAUCCACCUGGACCGGCUGGACCACCGCAGGCGUAUGGAUAUCCACCGGGACCGGCUGGGCCACCGCAGCAGCCGAUUGUCACGCAGCCCGGAAUGCCGCCCGCACAGCCGCAGCCAGGCAUGGCACCCGGAAUGGGAGCAGGAGGCGACUGGAUGAGUAUACCAGCCGGAAUUCCGAACUGUCCGCGCGGAUUGGAAUACCUUACGACUAUCGACCAGCUUUUGGUUAAGCAGAAGGUGGAGCUGCUCGAGGCCUUCACCGGCUUCGAGACCAACAAUAAGUUCUCCAUCAAGAACGCGCUUGGCCAGAAGGUGUACUAUGCGGUGGAGGACAACGACUGCUGCACGCGCAACAUAUGCGGUCCGUCGCGUCCCUUCGACAUGAAGGUGUUCGACAAUUACCGCCAGGAGGUCAUCCACAUGCACCGGCCGUUGGCCUGCUCGGCCUGUUGCUUCCCCUGCUGCCUGCAGAGCAUUUCGGUGUCUGCACCGCCGGGCAACGUUAUCGGCACCAUUGAACAGGAGUGGUCCAUCUGCUCGCCCUCCUUCCGCAUCCUCAACCACAUCGGAGACACAGUGCUGCGCAUUGAAGGUCCCUUCUGCACCUUCUCUCUCUGUGGUGAUGUGGAGUUCAAUAUUGUGUCUCUGACUGGCGAGAGGAUUGGCAAGAUCUCGAAGCAAUGGUCUGGAUUGGCGCGUGAAAUCUUCACGGAUGCCGACUUCUUUGGCAUCAGCUUCCCCCUGGAUCUGGAUGUGCGCAUGAAGGCGGUUCUGCUUGGCGCCACAUUCUUGAUUGAUGCAAUGUUCUUUGAGAAGUCUGGCAAUCGGGAGACCGACGGACCGGGCAUGCUGUAAUUACGUGCUGACACGUUCUGCUCUUGCAGUGGUCUCUGAACCACCGCGUACUAGUCUGCUGAUGGCCAAAGCUGACGACUCUCUACCAAAUGCUU